CAUUUUUCAUGCAGGAUAAAUCAGCCAGCAAAGAAAAAUCCAAGACUCCAGUAAGAGUUUUACCACAGUUGGCUCCGGUGAGUACGAAGCCCCAGUGGCAGCAGGCAGCUCCAUCAUUCCAUUUGAGUGUAAAGCAGAACAGCGAUAUUCCAGAAGAGUUUAGUGUUAAAAAUGAACAGUCUUAUGCUGAAUACAUGGAACGCUUCGGAAAGAAGGGCAAAUUACUAGACCAAGUUGAUGAUAGUUGUGCUGGGCCAUCUACUUCCAAAUCAAAGAGCAAAUCUUCACAUAAAGAACGAGAAAACUUUAGAAGCACUCUUGUUAACGUCAUUAUGCAACAAGAUGCUGUCUUAGACUCACCUACCCUUGAAGAAAGCACAUUUCCGAAGCAGACCACUUCUGCAAUAGAGAAAGACAUCUUGAGAUAUUACUAUUAUAUUCACCAUGGAAUUGAUACGGACUACGUAGCCCCAAUGGAAGAUUCUUGGCUAGAGAAUGUAUUGAAUUUAGUCCCCCAACAUCUGAAAGUCCUCACUAACAGCAUACUUGCAUUAUCUGAUGAAAUGAGAGAAGAUUAUCUUCUUAGUGUAAAAAAAUCCAUAGUUGAUUUUGUUUUAAAAGAUCCUAGAGAAAAAGAUGAUAAAAAGGCAGAUGAACUUCUACCCCAUCGUGCUGAAAUGCAAAUUCUUCCAAAACCUUGGAGGAAGUCUUUUCUGGCUGCAAGCAGUUAUAUUAGGGAUCACUUGAAUGCAAUGAACCCUACGAUGCUGGCUGUGCUGGGUUUGUGGCACGGUACUUUCAAAAAAUUACGUUUAGUGGAUGUGGAAGAAUUUCACAAUCGCCAAGAUGCAUUAGAGCUGUCAACUUUUCAGAGCAUUGUCAUGAGACACAUGGAAUCUGCCAAAGAGACUCUACUUAAAUUAUGGUUUCCAGAAGUGCAGAAUAUUUAUUACCAAGGUAAUAAAAAAAAGCAAUUGCCAAGUGGUGACAGCAGCGCCAAAUUGGAGUCUUUUUUCAACUGUGCUGCUACACUUAUGACUUUACAGCUGCAGGACCUCGCUUUGGUCUCCAUGCAAGAUUUCACAGACCUAAUUGCACAACCUGCAGAUUCUGUUAGAGCUUUUGAACAUCCAGGUUUCAUCGUGAGGCUGGUUCUUGAUAAUGACACCAUUAAGUUUGAACCUGAGUUCAGUGACUAUAUAGACAUCCUUCUAAAUGUUUAUGAUGUCAUGAUUAAGGCUGUCAGUUUUGUGCCAAGAGUUGAGACGAAAUUGUAUUCCAAGUGGGAAAGUAUGUCUAAACCAACAACCUUGAAGCCAGUAAUUCUGAAGGAAAUUGUUGAUGCUCACAAAGAAAAGGUGAGGGAAGUGACGAUGAGAGAAAGUGUGGCACCCACCGAGCACCUCAGGCUCUAUGACAAGUAUGACUUUCUGAUUACCAAAAAGGCUGAGCAGGACGUUGAUGCUUUCCUCGCAGAAAAUCAUAGUUACGAGAAAAUAAUACAAGAAAUUCGCAAAUACCAAAAACUAAAAGAGGAAAUACAGUACACAUCUAGAAAGACUAUUCGUUUAGGAAUGUUUGAAAUGCGCUGUGAGGAAUUAAUCAGAGCUUUGGUGAAGCGAGCUGAGAUUAUUUGUGGAAAACUUAUCACUAAAAUGUUCAGAGAUCAUCAGGAAGUAAAUACAAGAUUAUGUGAUGAAUUUGAGAAGAUAGCUGAAAAAGCUCUCAGUACUCCUCCAAAUACAGCAGAGCUGAUGGAAAUGAAGGCUUAUAUUCAGAAAGUAGAGACAACUGAUAUGAUUGAACUGGGACAGAGAUUGGUGGAUUCCAAAAACUGCCUCGCCUUCCUCAUUGAGUGCAUCAACUUUUCCCCAGCAGACAUUAGGCUAAAUAAUAAUGUUUUCCAGUGGUAUGGAAGAAUGGAAGAAAUUUUUGAUGAACACAGGAAAAUCAUUAGAGAGAAAACAGAACAAUAUCAAGAAGGUCUUAAGUUACGGUGUGAACGGUUUGUGGAGGAAUUGGAGAGUUAUGCUAAACAGUCGGAAGAAUUUUACUCGUUUGGGGAUCUUCAGGAUGUACAGCGAUACCUGAAAAAGGCUCAAACACUGAAUGCGAAGUUGGAUUUAGCAGCAGACAAGAUUGAGCAGUUUAAUGCUGAAGAGGAGGCAUUUGGUUGGCUACCAUCAGUAUAUCCUCAACGGAAAAAAAUCCAAGAUGGCUUGAACCCUUAUCUUCGUCUCUAUGAAACUGCUGUUGAAUUUAGCAACAAAUAUAGAGGAUGGACGGAAGGACCGUAUCACAAGGUGAAUCCAGAUCAAGUAGAAACAGAUGUUGGAAAUUACUGGAGAGGACUAUAUAAGCUGGAGAAAAUCUUCCAUGAUUCUCCGAAUGCACUGGCAAUGACAAAAAAAGUCAGAGCAAAGGUGGAAGAUUUCAAGCAGCACAUUCCUCUCAUUCAAGUGAUCUGUAACCCUGGUUUGCGCCCCAGGCACUGGGAGGCCAUGUCCAGCAUUGUUGGUUACCCUCUGCAGCCAGCAGAUGAUUCCACUAUCUUCUCCUUUUUAGACAUGGAUCUGGAACCAUAUUUAGAUAGGUUUGAAGGUAUUAGUGAAGCAGCUAGCAAAGAAUAUUCUCUUGAAAAGGCCAUGGAGAAGAUGAUUAAUGAGUGGGAUGCAAUGGAAUUUGUCAUUCUUCCUUAUAGAGAAACUGGGACAUUUAUUUUGUCAUCAGUUGAUGAAAUUCAGAUGUUAUUGGAUGACCACAUUAUUAAGACACAAACUAUGCGAGGAUCUCCAUUCAUUAAGCCUUAUGAAAGACAAAUGAGAGAAUGGGAGGGCAAGCUCCUGCUGCUUCAGGAGAUUCUGGAUGAAUGGCUCAAGGUCCAGGCCACGUGGCUGUAUUUGGAGCCCAUUUUCAGUUCUCCGGACAUUAUGUCUCAAAUGCCCGAGGAAAGCAGACGGUUUACAGCUGUGGAUAAAACAUGGAGAGAUAUAAUGAAAAAUGUCGUACAAGAUAAACAUGUUCUGACAGUUGUAACUAUUGAGAAAAUGCUGGAAAGGCUGAAAAAGUCUAAUGAACUUUUGGAACUCAUUCUUAAAGGACUUAAUGAAUAUUUGGAAAAGAAACGUCUCUUCUUCCCCAGAUUUUUUUUCUUGUCUAAUGAUGAACUUCUUGAGAUACUGUCUGAGACUAAAGAUCCCACUAGGGUGCAACCUCACUUGAAGAAAUGUUUUGAAGGAAUUGCAAAAGUAGAAUUUACAGAAACUUUAGACAUUACUCACAUGAAGAGUAGUGAAGGCGAGGUUGUGGAACUCGUGGAGACCAUUUCAACAGCCAAAGCCAGAGGUCAAGUGGAGAAGUGGUUGGUUGAGUUAGAGAGAAUUAUGAUUAAGUCCAUCCACAAGGUAAUUGGAAUUGCAAUUUUUGCCUAUACACAAUAUGAACGAAUUGACUGGGUAAAGGAUUGGCCUGGACAGACAGUUCUCUGUGUAUCUCAAACCUUUUGGACAACAGAAGUACAAACAGCUAUUUCAAAGGGGCAAGAGGCUCUUGAGCAAUACUUGGAAAAAUGUAACAGACAAAUUGAUGAUAUUGUUACCUUGGUCCGUGGCAAAUUGUCCAAGCAGAAUCGUGUUACUCUGGGAGCCCUCGUGGUGCUGGAUGUCCAUGCUAGAGAUGUCCUCACAUCACUUGUUAACAAAAAAGUUAAUGAUGACACUGAUUUCGAAUGGUUAAGUCAGCUUAGGUACUAUUGGCAAGAAAAUCAUUUAGAAACAAAGAUGAUCAAUGCUGGUUUACGAUAUGGUUAUGAGUACCUGGGUAAUUCCCCUAGGCUGGUUAUUACUCCCCUCACUGACCGAUGUUACAGAACCUUAUUUGGAGCCCUUCACCUGCACCUUGGAGGAGCACCUGAGGGGCCAGCUGGCACUGGAAAGACUGAAACUACCAAAGAUUUAGCAAAAGCUGUAGCCAAACAAUGUGUUGUUUUCAACUGCUCUGAUGGAUUGGAUUAUCUGGCUUUAGGAAAAUUCUUUAAGGGACUGCUAUCUUGUGGAGCCUGGGCUUGCUUUGAUGAGUUUAACAGAAUUGAUUUGGAAGUACUGUCUGUGGUUGCUCAACAAAUUCUUACUAUCCAAAGAGGUAUUAAUGCAGGUGCUGAUAUACUAAUGUUUGAAGGAACUGAACUAAAACUUGACCCCACGUGCGCCGUCUUUAUUACCAUGAACCCUGGAUAUGCCGGGCGAUCAGAACUGCCAGAUAAUCUGAAGGCUCUCUUCCGGACGGUAGCAAUGAUGGUGCCUGACUAUGCCAUGAUUGCCGAAAUAGUCCUGUACUCCUGUGGGUUUGUCACAGCUCGGCCACUGUCAGUAAAAAUUGUGGCUACAUAUCGCUUGUGUUCAGAGCAAUUGUCAUCUCAGCAUCACUAUGACUAUGGGAUGAGAGCCGUGAAAUCAGUGCUUACGGCUGCUGGGAAUCUAAAGCUGAAAUAUCCAAAUGAAAAUGAAGAAAUCUUGCUGCUUAGAUCUAUUAUUGAUGUAAAUCUGCCAAAAUUUUUGUCUCAUGAUUUACCGCUCUUUGAGGGAAUUACUUCAGAUUUGUUUCCUGGGGUGAAAUUACCAAAACCAGAUUACAAUGAUUUGCUGGCAGCUAUCAAAGACAACUGUGACUCCAUGAAUUUGCAAAUGACCAGAUUCUUUUCUGAGAAGAUUCUUCAAAUAUACGAAAUGAUGAUUGUGCGUCAUGGUUUUAUGAUUGUUGGAGAACCGUUUGGAGGAAAAACCAGUGCAUAUCGUGUCUUAGCUGGAGCACUAAAUGAUAUAUGUGAAAAGGGGUUAAUGGAAGAAAACAAGGUUCAAAUUACUGUUUUAAACCCUAAGUCUGUCACCAUGGGUCAGCUGUAUGGGCAGUUUGAUUUGGUGUCCCACGAGUGGUCCGAUGGGAUCCUCGCUGUCAGCUUUAGAGCAUUUGCUUCUUCAGUGACGCCCGAUAGGAAAUGGUUGAUUUUCGAUGGACCGGUAGAUGCAGUGUGGAUUGAGAACAUGAAUACAGUGCUGGAUGACAACAAAAAGCUGUGUCUGAUGAGCGGGGAGAUUAUUCAGAUGUCACCACAAAUGAAUCUUAUUUUUGAACCAAUGGAUUUGGAAGUUGCUUCUCCCGCCACUGUUUCCAGAUGUGGUAUGAUUUACAUGGAGCCUCACAUGUUAGGCUGGAGACCACUGAUGCUGUCUUGGAUAAAUCUUUUACCUGCUGUGGUCAGUGUUAUUCAGAAGGAAUUUAUAAUAGGCUUAUUUGACAGAUUUGUCCCUGUUUCUGUUGAAUUUAUUAGAAAGCAUACAAAGGAAUUAUCUCCUACUUCAGAUACAAACUUAGUCCGUUCUUUAAUGAAUCUAAUAGACUGUUUUAUGGAUGAUUUUGCUGAUGAAAUCAAAGUAAAAGAGAGAAAUGAUCGAGAAACAUACUCUUUACUUGAGGGCAUUUUUCUGUUUUCAUUGAUUUGGUCCGUCGGUGCUUCUUGUAACGAUGAUGAUCGGUUGAAAUUUAAUAAGAUUCUUCACGAACUAAUGGAAGGUCCAAUUUCAGAACUAACUCGAAAUAGGUUUAAAUUACUGAGUGGUACUGAGCAAACGUCUUCAAAAACACUAACUGUCCCAUUUCCCGAAAAAGGAACAAUUUAUGAUUAUCAAUUUGUCACUGAGGGAAUAGGAAAAUGGGAACCAUGGGUAAAGAAACUGGCAGAAGCUCCUUCAAUUCCUAAGGAUAUGAUGUUUAAUGAAAUCAUUGUACCAACUCUGGACACAAUUCGAUACUCUGCAUUAAUGGAAUUGUUGACCACCCAUCAAAAGCCUUCAAUAUUUGUAGGACCAACAGGAACUGGAAAGAGUGUUUAUAUUAUUAAUUUUCUUUUAAAUCAACUCAAUAAAGAAAUCUACAAGCCUCUGCUAAUUAACUUCUCAGCACAAACUACAGCAGCUCAAACUCAGAAUAUUAUCAUGUCAAAACUGGACAAAAGAAGAAAGGGAGUUUUUGGUCCUCCUUUGGGCAAAAGAAUGGUUGUCUUUGUAGAUGAUGUCAAUAUGCCCGCUCGGGAGGUGUAUGGGGCUCAACCUCCCAUCGAGUUACUUAGACAGUGGUUAGAUCACUGGAAUUGGUAUGACCUGAAAGAUUGUUCUGUGAUUAAACUAGUGGACAUUCAAAUCAUGUGUGCUAUGGGACCUCCAGGUGGUGGUCGAAAUCCAGUAACUCCUCGAUACAUGCGACAUUUCAAUAUUAUAACAAUCAAUGAGUUUAGUGAUAAAUCCAUGUUUACAAUCUUCUCUAGGAUCUUAACCUGGCAUUUAAAAAUCUGUUAUAAAUUUCCAGGUGAUUUUCUAGAUUUGACCACACAAAUUGUAAAUGGUACAAUGACUCUGUAUAAAGAAGCAAUGAAGAAUCUCUUGCCUACUCCAGCCAAAUCUCACUACUUGUUCAACCUCCGAGAUUUCUCCCGUGUCAUUCAGGGUGUUUGUUUGUCGCGACCGGAAACAGCAGAAACCAAAGAAGUGAUUAAACGUCUUUGGGUUCAUGAGGUCCUUAGAGUGUAUUAUGAUCGCCUUCUGGAUAAUGCAGACCGAAGUUGGCUUAUCAACUACAUUCAAGAAAUUUUGAAAAAAUAUAUGGAUGAAAAUUUUCAUGAGCUUUUUCAAAGCUUGGAUUUUAAUAAUGACGGAGUGGUGGAAGAAGACGACUUACGCAGCUUAAUGUUUUGUGAUUUCCAUGAUCCCAAGAGGGAGGAUACCAACUACAGAGAAGUUGCAGACGUGGAUAAUCUUCGAGUGAUAGUGGAAGCUCACCUAGAAGAAUACAACAACAUGAGCAAAAAAACCAUGAACCUCGUCUUAUUCCGAUUUGCCAUAGAACACAUCAGCAGAAUUUCCAGGAUCCUGAAGCAGCCUCGCAGCCAUGCUCUCCUGGUUGGCGUUGGGGGGAGUGGAAGGCAGUCUGUCACCAGAUUAGCUGCCCACAUGGCUGAUUAUUCAGUUUUCCAGGUUGAAAUCUCCAAGGGCUAUGGUAACUCUGAGUGGCAUGAAGAUUUGAAAGUGAUCUUAAGGAAAUGUGCUGAAGGUGAGAUGCAGGGUGUCUUCCUGUUUACAGAUACUCAGAUCAAAAGGGAGUCAUUUCUAGAAGAUGUCAACAAUCUGCUAAACGCUGGGGAGAUUCCAAAUCUCUUUGCAUUAGAUGAGAAGCAGGAAAUAUGUGAAAAGAUGCGUCAGUUAGAUCGCCAGCGGGAUAAAACCAAACAGACAGACGGAAGCCCCAUAGCUCUUUUCAACAUGUUUAUCGAUCGCUGCCGCAACCAACUGCAUGUCGUCCUCGCCAUGAGUCCCAUUGGAGACGCAUUUCGGAUUCGACUUAGAAAGUUCCCUGCUCUUGUUAACUGCUGUACCAUCGACUGGUUUCAGUCGUGGCCUGAAGAUGCGCUACAGGCAGUUGCCUCACGCUUCUUGGAAGAGAUUGAAAUGUCAGAGAAAAUACGAGACGGCUGUAUCGACAUGUGUAAAAGCUUCCACACUUCUACCAUAGAUUUAUCAACAUCCUUCUAUGUUGAACUUCAAAGAUACAAUUAUGUGACUCCUACCUCUUAUCUUGAAUUAAUCUCCACCUUCAAACUGUUGUUGGAAAAGAAAAGAAGUGAAGUAAUGAAGAUGAAAAAGAGGUACGAAGUGGGCUUGGAUAAACUGGAUUCUGCUGCGUCUCAAGUAGCCACAAUGCAGUUGGAGCUGGGUGCUCUGCAUCCUCAGUUAAAAGUCGCCAGCAGAGAGGUUGACGAAAUGAUGGUAAUCAUUGAGAAGGAGUCUGUAGAAGUUGCCAAAACAGAGAAAAUAGUGAAAGCUGAUGAAACGAUAGCAAAUGAACAAGCGAUGGCUGCCAAAGCUAUCAAAGACGAAUGUGACGCUGACCUGGCAGGGGCCUUGCCCAUCUUAGAGUCAGCGCUCUCCGCCCUUGACACUCUCACCGCACAGGACAUCACAGUGGUAAAAUCCAUGAAGAGUCCUCCUGCUGGCGUCAAGCUAGUUAUGGAAGCCAUAUGCAUCUUGAAAGGCAUCAAAGCAGACAAAAUCCCUGACCCCACAGGUUCCGGAAAAAAAAUAGAGGAUUUCUGGGGUCCAGCUAAGAGACUUCUUGGUGACAUUAGAUUUCUACAGUCACUUCAUGAAUAUGACAAGGACAAUAUUCCUCCAGCUUAUGUGAAUAUCAUAAGAAAAAAUUAUAUUCCAAAUCCAGAUUUUGUUCCAGAAAAGAUUAGAAAUGCUUCCACAGCAGCUGAAGGUCUGUGCAAAUGGGUCAUAGCAAUGGAUUCGUAUGACAGAGUGGCAAAAAUAGUGGCUCCCAAAAAGAUAAAACUGGCAGCGGCUGAAGGGGAGCUCAAAAUUGCCAUGGACGGCCUCAGGAAGAAGCAGGCAGCCCUGCGGGAAGUUCAGGACAAGCUGGCAAAGCUUCAGGACACACUCGAACUCAAUAAACAAAAGAAGGCUGACCUGGAGAACCAGGUUGACUUGUGCAGCAAAAAGCUAGAACGAGCUGAGCAGUUGAUUGGAGGCCUUGGGGGUGAGAAAACGCGAUGGAGCCAGACAGCGCUGGAGCUGGGGGAGUUGUAUAUCAACUUGACAGGUGACAUCCUCAUCUCCUCGGGAGUGGUCGCUUACCUGGGAGCCUUUACGUCCAGCUAUCGACAAAACCAAACCAAGGAGUGGACAAAUUUAUGCAAAGGAAGAGAUAUCCCCUGCUCCGAUGAUUAUUCCCUUAUGGGUAUCCUGGGAGAAGCGGUGACAAUUCGAGCCUGGAAUAUUGCUGGGUUACCUUCUGACUCAUUUUCCAUUGAUAAUGGGAUCAUCAUAAUGAAUGCAAGAAGGUGGCCUCUGAUGAUAGAUCCUCAAAGUCAGGCUAAUAAAUGGGUCAAGAACAUGGAAAAAGCCAAUAGCCUCCAUCUAAUUAAAUUAAGUGAUCCUGACUAUGCCAGGACUCUGGAAAAUUGCAUCCAGUUUGGUACCCCUGUGUUGCUUGAAAAUGUUGGAGAAGAAUUAGAUCCGAUCCUGGAACCUCUUCUACUAAAGCAGACCUUUAAGCAAGGUGGGAGUACAUGUAUCCGACUCGGGGAUUCCACCAUUGAGUAUGCACCAGACUUCCGCUUCUAUAUUACCACCAAGCUAAGAAAUCCUCAUUAUCUUCCCGAAACAUCAGUAAAGGUAACACUAUUAAACUUCAUGAUAACUUCUGAGGGAAUGCAAGAUCAGCUUUUGGGAAUUGUGGUGGCACGAGAGAGGCCUGACCUUGAAGAAGAGAAGCAAGCCUUAAUAUCACAAGGAGCUGAAAACAAAAGGCAGUUAAAAGAAAUAGAAGACAAGAUUUUAGAAGUUCUUUCAUCUUCGGAAGGCAAUAUAUUAGAAGAUGAAACUGCUAUUAAGAUAUUAUCUUCCUCCAAGGCUUUGGCUAAUGAGAUUUCUCAAAAGCAGGAAGUAGCGGAAGAGACAGAGAAAAAGAUUGAUACCACCCGCAUGGGCUAUCGUCCUAUUGCCGUCCAUUCCACCAUCCUGUUUUUCUCUAUUGCUGAUUUAGCUAACAUUGAGCCCAUGUACCAAUACUCACUGACUUGGUUUAUUAACCUUUUCAUCCUGUCUAUUGAAAAUUCAGAGAAGUCAGAAAUUUUAGCAAAAAGGCUUCAAAUUCUCAAGGAUCACUUUACUUAUUCCCUCUAUGUUAAUGUCUGCCGGUCACUCUUUGAAAAGGAUAAGCUCCUCUUUUCCUUUUGUCUGACUGUAAAUCUGCUGCUACACGAUCGUGCGAUUAAUAAAGCUGAGUGGAGAUUUCUGCUAACUGGUGGCAUUGGACUGGAUAAUCCUCAUGCCAACCCUUGUACAUGGCUGCCUCAAAAAUCCUGGGAUGAAAUAUGUCGACUGGAUGAUUUGCCUGCCUUCAAAACCAUUCGUAGGGAGUUUAUGAACCUAAAGGAUGGGUGGAAAAAAGUAUAUGAUAGUUUGGAACCACACCAUGAGGUUUUUCCUGACAAUUGGGAAGAUAGAGCAAAUGAGUUUCAAAGGAUGCUUAUCAUUCGUUGCUUGAGGCCAGACAAGAUUAUUCCAAUGCUGCAAGAAUUUAUCAUCAACAGAUUGGGGCGCAUGUUCAUUGAGCCACCCCCCUUCGACUUAUCCAAGGCGUUUGCAGACAGUAACUGCUGCUCCCCGCUGAUUUUCGUGCUCUCUCCUGGAGCGGACCCCAUGGCUGCCCUUCUAAAAUUUGCUGAUGACCAGGGAUAUGGGGGAGCAAAACUUAGUUCUUUAUCUCUUGGUCAAGGCCAAGGGCCCAUAGCUAUGAAGAUGUUGGAAAAAGCUAUCAAGGAAGGAACAUGGGUUGUUCUUCAGAACUGUCACCUUGCCACCUCUUGGAUGCCAACCCUCGAGAAAGUUUGUGAGGAUUUAAGCCCAGAAUCAACUCAUCCAGAUUUCCGAAUUUGGCUGACAAGUUACCCAUCUCCCAAUUUCCCCGUGUCUGUACUGCAGAAUGGAGUGAAAAUGACCAAUGAAGCACCGAAAGGUUUACGGGCUAAUAUCAUUCGAUCAUACCUCAUGGACCCAAUCUCUGACCCUGAGUUCUUUGGCAGCUGCAAAAAGCCUGAGGAAUUCAAGAAAUUACUUUACGGCCUCUGUUUUUUUCACGCUUUGGUACAAGAGAGACGGAAAUUUGGACCCCUGGGGUGGAAUAUUCCUUAUGAGUUCAAUGAGACUGACCUAAGAAUCAGUGUACAGCAACUCCACAUGUUCCUGAACCAGUAUGAGGAACUGCCUUAUGAUGCCCUGCGCUACAUGACCGGUGAAUGCAAUUACGGAGGCAGGGUGACGGACGACUGGGACCGGCGCACGCUGCGCAGCAUUCUAAACAAAUUCUUCAACACAGAAUUAGUUCAAAACCCAACCUAUAGAUUCGACUCAAGCGGCAUCUAUUUUGUCCCUCCUUCUGGUGAUCACAAAAGCUACAUCGAAUACACAAAGACUCUGCCACUUACCCCAGCACCAGAAAUCUUUGGGAUGAAUGCCAAUGCGGAUAUCACUAAAGAUCAGUCAGAAACUCAACUGCUAUUCGAUAACAUUCUUCUUACACAGUCCCGUUCAGCAGAUGCUGGUGCAAAAUCAUCAGAUGAAGUCGUAAAUGAGGUCGCUGGGGAUAUCUUGGGUAAACUUCCCAACAACUUUGACGUUGAGGCCGCCAUGAGGAGAUACCCGACAACUUACACUCAGAGCAUGAACACUGUGCUCGUCCAAGAGAUGGGCCGCUUCAACAAGCUGCUGCAGACCAUAAGAGAAUCAUGCGUUGAUAUUCAGAAAGCAAUCAAGGGGCUUGUCGUGAUGUCUACAGACCUUGAAGAAGUGGUUAGCAGCAUCCUGAAUGUCAAAAUCCCAGGGAUGUGGAUGGGCAAAUCCUACCCCAGCCUGAAGCCCCUCGGGAGCUAUGUGAAUGACUUCCUCGCAAGACUAAAAUUCUUGCAGCAAUGGUACGAGGUGGGCCCUCCUCCAGUCUUCUGGCUUUCUGGCUUCUUCUUCACACAAGCCUUCCUGACCGGCGCCCAGCAGAACUACGCCAGGAAAUACACCAUCCCCAUUGAUCUUCUCGGGUUUGACUACGAAGUGAUGGAAGACAAAGAAUACAAGCAUGCUCCAGAAGAUGGUGUUUUCAUUCAUGGAUUAUUUCUGGAUGGAGCCUCCUGGAACAGAAAGAUCAAGAAACUUGCAGAAUCACAUCCCAAAAUUCUUUAUGAUACAGUGCCUGUGAUGUGGCUAAAACCCUGUAAGAGGAUAGAUAUUCCAGAACGACCAAGCUACGUUGCUCCGUUGUAUAAGACAAGCGAGCGGAGAGGAACCUUAUCCACCACGGGGCAUUCUACCAACUUCGUUAUUGCCAUGACCCUCCCCUCUGACCAACCCAAGGAGCACUGGAUUGGACGGGGUGUAGCACUGUUAUGUCAACUUAAUUCAUAAUCAGAUGUCGUUUCCCUGUUCCUGUUUCUUAUUAGAUGGUUGAGUAGAAAAUAUAUUAUUUUAUUUUUUAAACAAUUUAUUUGGUUUAAAUCAAUUUGACUAAAGUUAUACUUAACUAUAAAUUUAUGUGCAAAUGCAUCCUAUAUUUUAAAUGAUUCAUACUUUGGCAUAAGGAAAUGUUCUGAAGUAAAGACUGGACUGAGGAAAACACACUGGUAUAUUUGCACUUUGUGAAUAACUUUAUUUUGGGAGAGUUCCAUAAGCAUUAGGAACAUACAGAAAAUGACACACCACUGUUGACAAUGAAAAAAACAGCAUUUGAUCAUUUCCAGCUUUAUAAAUUUUUAAAAAAUGAUUCAGUUGUUAUAACAAAAAAAGUUUAGAUAUUUUAGCAAGUAUCACCUUGCAGGACCAUAAUCACAUUUAAGCCACUGACUUACUGUUAAUGGAAAAAGUUCACACUGCAUCUAGUUACUAUAGUAUUUCUAAGCAUAAUCACGGCUGAUUGAAUGCAAUGUGAUAUACACCAAAAUUCAUAUGGAUGUCACACAGUGACAGCAUUGUACAAGUAACGUUAAUGACCUCCAACAAACACAUGUUAAAUUAGACUGGCAAGCUAAAUGGAAUGUUGGAGCCAAACAGAAAUGUAGUGGAAUUCAGAUUGUCUAGUAAGACUUGAAACUAUACAUUAGAAUGAUGUGAAAACUAAAUACUGGUGGAACCCUAACAAAAUACUAGCAGCAACUGUUACAGCCCUCUUCAAAGGUUUAAAAAAUCUAGCAAAUCAAGAUAAUACCACUUUUGAGAGAAUAUAAAACUUUAUAUACUUCAACAUAACCUAUUUGCUUUACAUCAGGCAUUUAUCUUAAGACUGGGAGUAUAUUCCAGCUGUUGCUUUUCAUAAAAGUUUUAAAAUCAAGCAGAUUUAAUGCUGGAAUGCAGAAUCCUCCUUGGGUAUAAAAACCCAAAAAUAAACUAUAAAUAAAUCUUGGUUCAGAAAGCAAGAUAUCUGAAUCCCUUGAAGUUGGCAGUACUAAAUAAAACAUCAGCACCUUUAUCUAGGCUGCUUGAAGGGCCAUGCAAUGAGAUGAGGACUGUCCUAAUUCAGUGCCCAAUGCUGAAAACAAUCUCUGUAUAAAACUCCUACUUGUCACAGGAGGCCAUGCAGAAAGCCAGAAAUAAUUUUUCGAAUUCAGGCAUAAAUUAAGGAAACAGCACCUCGGCUCCCUUGCUUACAGCAUAAAGAAGAAACACUGGCAAUGCUCGGUUAACACCUGGAUGCAUGUACUGCUCUCAAAGGUUUGCUUUUUGUUUUCAAGUUCAUGGAGUAAGAGGAAAGGAACUGGGGGAAAGGUGGAGGACUAAAUGAAACAUUUUAAAUGGAAUGGGAAGAGUUUGGCUCUUAAAUAUUUGAAGACUAAGAUUUUUAAAAGCAGCUACAUUGGUAGCCAAGCAGAUGAAAACAAAGCUGCCUGCA